UUCCAACCCGGCGUACAUAAGUGGCGUGCAAGUGUUCACAGCGCGGCGUAGGCGCAACGAUCCGUAUCUCACUAACGUCACUAUGACGUUUCACACGACUUUUGGCAGAAAUGUGACGAUAAAGUUCUCCUAUUUACUACCAAGUGGCGACUCAAUAGAUUACAGUAUCAUUUCCUGUGAUGCUUUAAACAAACCGUGGAUGUACGAUUUUGUGAAAACGCAUUCGAAUUUAACUGCAUGCCCAACAAGCCCUGGGACAUAUCGCUACUACAACGUGGAAAUGCCGCCGAAGAACUUUCCCCUUCCAAUCCCACCUGGUGUCAAAAAGGGGGAUAAAGGAAAUGUGAAUUUCCAACUACUUAGAUAUGGAAAAGAAGUCAUUCUGGACCUUUUCACCACGAUUCGCGCAUAUUGA